GUGCUUUCUGAGAUAUACUAUCCAAAACCAAAGUAGAGAUGAGGGUGAUAGAAGAUGUGCUGCAUUUAAAUAGCUACAGUUUGAGAUGGAUGGAUCAAUGGAACAUGGAUCAAGAGAAGAUACACAGAGACUGCUGAUGCAUAGGGCCCAGAACUUGGUGCUACACCCCCGUGUUACAGUCGGAAGUACUCAAGGACAUGCUCCGGAGUGACCAGCAGGAGGCGACAGCGGCCUCCCACAAACUGUUCACAACAAGGAAGUCACAUCCCGAUAUAUGGUCAUGUGUCAGGACCGACAGCAUCCGAGCAGACAUGGCUACUCUGCAGUAUCUAAACGCUUUCAUAUCUGAGCGGCUGGCAGCGGCGGCUGUGGAGAUUUUCGGGGCGGUGGAGAAAACGUUGACUGAGUACCAGGGAGAGAUCAACCGGUUCAGACAGGAGACGGAUCAUCUGAGAACACUGCUGCUCUGGCCGCAAGUCAGAUUACACAGAUCAGCAUCUCAUCAGGUCAGUCCUCCUUGCUGUGAUAAGGAGGCUUCUCCCGAGUGCUGCCACAAGGAGGAGUGGGCCCCAGAUGUGAGCCUGGAGCAGCCCACUCCUCUGCAUAUUAAAGAGGAGCACGACCACAGGGCUGGUCAGCAAGGAUCGUCCUGUAGGCAGCAGUGCGAUACCACAGUGUGUCCUCAGAAUGUGAAAAGAGAAGGUCACGAGGAGCCGCCCUCACACCUCUACAGAAUAUUAACUGUUGAACAGACAGCAGAUGUCAAGGCUGAGCCCGAUGGUGUUGAGCUAAUAACAUCCCCAUCACCCAUGGAGGAUGAGGCCACCAGGGGAGUAGAUUCAGAGUCCCCUGGGCUCCAGCGAGAAACCCUGAAAGAUCAUCUUGAGAUCACUCAUCACGAGCAGGAUGGGUCUGAUGAGCAGCAGAACGCUGACCAAGACUGGAGCCUCUGUCAGGAUCACAAGGACCCUGAUCCCCCUCAGAUCAAAGAGGAAAAGUUUACAUCAUCUUGUCCUCAGGAAGAUACUGAACACUAUGAACUCCCUCGUCAGUCAGAGAGAAGUAUUUACGAUGAGCCUCAUUCUUCAGGCCCCUGCCACGACCAGACUCUGAGCAACAAAACAUUUUACACAGCAGAAGAAAAGAGGCGAGGUGUUGAAGGAGAAGGCUGUGAGCUGUAUGGACUGACCAAAGUUUGUCAGCCCUUCUACUCUGUGACUCUAGACCAUCCUGCAGCUCAGAGCGAAUAUGCUGAGAAUACAGAAGGUGUGGUAAAUGGUGAAUGGAUUAAGGCACUUACACCAACAAGAACAAGGCAAGGGAAAAGGCACAACUCCAACUUGUGCAGCAAGGACAGAGACGGCAUCGGAGUGGAAGAAAACGUAAAUGAUCUCACCAGGGAGAGAAGACACACUUGUCCCAUCUGUGCCAAACGCUUCAAGGAGUCGGGCCACUUGAAGGAUCAUGUGAGGAUCCACACAGGAGAGAAGCCGUACCAGUGUAAGGAAUGUGGCAUGAACUUCAGACAGAGUGGAGCUUUGACUCUGCACAUGAGAAUCCACACGGGGGAGCGGCCAUACCAGUGCACCGACUGUGGUCGGCGCUUCAAUAGAAAAGGUGACAUGGAGACUCACAGGGUGACGCACACAGGGGAAAGACCCCACCUGUGCAUGGUGUGUGGGAAAAGCUUCAAAAGGAAGAGCAACUUAAACACACAUCUAAAGAUCCAUGCAGAGGACAGAAUGGAUUAUGCACAGCCAUUGUGACUGUUGAAAUACUGUAUGUAUCAUCCAGAUAGUUACACUCUGGAAAACAAGGAUUAUCAGACAUAAUAUUAGGAUGUUUACUGAGUUCAUAAUACAUUUCUCCAGGAGACAUCAUGAAGAAACAUUUAUCUGAAAUGAUGAUUUUAUGAUCUCUGAUGAUGUUUAAAUUCACUUCCACAAACUUUGCCAGUAAAAUACAUUUGAGACAAUGUAAACAUUAGUUUUGUUCUUUUGUUUUCUAAUGCUAAUUAUGAAAGCUUGGUUCUUCUCAUUAAAUUGUGUUUUGGGUGUAUUGACUUUUCUUUUUUGAUUUAUUUCAUAUGAGGCUGAUGACUAGUGUCAUGUUAUUGUCAGCAUAUAUGCAGGACAACCACAGCUCCACCGGCAUUAUCUAGACAAGGUGCUGGAAACAUCACUGAGUCCAAACUGUUAGAGAAGAUUUCCGCACACGUACAUCUCCACCUAAGAUGGUAGAUUUUAGCACCGCGAUGACCAGCUGCAACACUGAGCACUGGUGUUCACAAUAGUGCACACAGGUACUGGCAAAUACUACACAAAAUAAGUAUAUCUUAGCUGUAUAUUUGUGGUGCACCUCCCAGGUGACAGUAUCCUCCUGAGACCUGGGUCCUCAUAUGACGACAUCACAUUUUUGGGUUUACUGCACCUUAUACUUCAUUCUGCUUAACUUAGACCUCAUUCAUGGACUCUUCUUUGUGCCAUCUAGUGGUAGUAAGAGCACAAUACACUAAUCCAUGUAAAAACAAGAUGGCAGCCAUCUCUGCCAAGUCCGUCUGCAGCUGAUCCUGACACAAAAGUGGAAAAGAUCCAAAACCUGAUCACAUUUUAUUGUUGACGCUUGGUUAUUUAUGAUUAAUAAUGUUUGUAGUCUGAUAUGUCAACAAAUUUUUUACCAAUUUUAGCAACAGUAACGAGCUAAGACACUGAAGUAGGAAGUACUCGUUCAAAGGCACUGGGACUUUAUUGUCAUCUUGUUUAAGGACACUGGGGUGUAGUCUCGUUUGAGGACACUGGGACUUUAUUGUCAUCUGUUUGAGGACACGGGUGUAGUCUCAUUUGAGGACAGUGGGACUUUAUUAUCUUGUUUGAGGAUAUUGGGACUUUAUUGUCAUCUUGUUUGAGGACAUUGGGGUGUAGUCUCGUUUGAGGACAGUGGGACUUUAUUAUCGUCUUGUUUGAGGACACUGGGACUUUAUUGUCAUCUUGUUUGAGGACAUUGGGGUGUAGUCUCAUUUGAGGACAGUGGGACUUUAUUAUCUUGUUUGAGGAUAUUGGGACUUUAUUGUCAUCUUGUUUGAGGACAUUGGGGUGUAGUCUCGUUUGAGGACACUGGGACUUUAUUGUCGUCUUGUUUGAGGACACUGGGACUUUAUCAGUGUUGAAAUUAAAAAUACAUACCGAACAACAGUUUGGGUCUCAGGAGGUUAAUUUCACAGUCCUAAUUUUAGAUUAGGACCGUUACUGAGGAGAUGGUAAAUAAUCACUACACCUUUAACAGGAUGUUACGAUGCCUUUUGAAUAGUUGGUAUAUACUAUAAUAAACAA